CUCCCGUUAGACGACGAGCGGUCGAGGGGAGGGGACAGCCAGGCAGGCAGGAAGCUGCGGCUUAAAAGGACUGCCAGCGCCAAGUUCUUCCUCCCUCAGUCCCAGGCCUCCGAGCGCACCUCUUCUGCGGCCCGCUCGCCUCUCGCCUCUACUUUCCGCCAUGUACUGCCGCCUGGGCGAAGCGCUGCUGUUGUCGCGCGCCGGACCCGCUGCGUUGGCCUCUGCGGCCGCCGACUCGGCUGCGCUGCUGGGCUGGGCCCGCGGACAACCUGCCGCCUCCCCGCAGCCGGGAUUCACGCCGCCCUCCCGGCGCCACUACAGCGAGGCGGCUGCCGACCGUGAAGACGACCCCAACUUCUUCAAGAUGGUGGAGGGCUUCUUCGACCGUGGUGCCAGCAUCGUGGAGGAUAAGCUGGUGGAGGACCUGAAGACCCGGGAGAGCGAGGAACAGAAGCGGAACCGGGUGCGAGGCAUCCUGAGAAUCAUCAAGCCCUGUAACCAUGUGCUGAGCCUCUCCUUCCCCAUUCGGCGCGACGACGGUUCCUGGGAGGUCAUCGAGGGCUACCGGGCCCAACACAGCCAGCACCGCACGCCCUGCAAGGGAGGUAUCCGUUACAGCACUGAUGUAAGUGUAGAUGAAGUAAAAGCGUUGGCUUCUCUGAUGACUUAUAAGUGUGCAGUGGUUGAUGUGCCAUUUGGGGGUGCUAAAGCAGGUGUUAAGAUCAAUCCCAAGAACUAUACAGAUAAUGAAUUGGAAAAGAUCACAAGAAGGUUCACUAUGGAGCUCGCAAAAAAAGGUUUUAUUGGUCCUGGUAUUGAUGUGCCUGCCCCAGACAUGAGCACGGGUGAGCGAGAGAUGUCCUGGAUCGCUGACACCUAUGCCAGCACCAUAGGGCACUAUGAUAUUAAUGCACAUGCCUGUGUUACUGGUAAACCCAUCAGUCAAGGAGGCAUCCAUGGACGCAUUUCUGCUACUGGCCGUGGUCUUUUCCAUGGAAUUGAAAACUUCAUCAAUGAAGCUUCUUACAUGAGCAUUUUAGGAAUGACACCAGGAUUUGGAGAUAAAACAUUUGUGGUUCAGGGGUUUGGUAACGUGGGCCUGCACUCUAUGAGGUAUUUACAUCGUUUUGGUGCUAAAUGUGUUGGUGUUGGUGAAUCUGAUGGGAGUAUAUGGAAUCCAGAUGGUAUUGACCCAAAGGAACUGGAAGAUUUCAAACUGCAACAUGGAUCAAUUCUGGGCUUCCCCAAAGCAAAGGUCUAUGAAGGAAGCAUCUUGGAGGCUGACUGUGACAUACUGAUCCCUGCUGCCAGUGAGAAGCAGUUGACCAAAUCCAAUGCACCCAGAGUGAAAGCCAAGAUCAUUGCUGAAGGUGCCAAUGGACCAACCACUCCAGAAGCUGAUAAGAUUUUCCUGGAGAGGAACAUCAUGGUUAUUCCAGAUCUCUACUUAAAUGCUGGCGGAGUGACAGUAUCUUACUUUGAGUGGCUGAAGAAUCUGAAUCAUGUCAGCUAUGGCCGAUUAACCUUCAAAUAUGAAAGGGAUUCUAACUACCACUUGCUCAUGUCUGUUCAAGAGAGCUUAGAAAGAAAAUUUGGAAAGCAUGGUGGAACAAUUCCUAUUGUACCCACCGCAGAGUUCCAGGACAGGAUAUCGGGUGCAUCAGAGAAAGACAUUGUGCAUUCUGGCUUAGCCUACACCAUGGAGCGUUCAGCCAGGCAAAUUAUGCGUACAGCCAUGAAAUAUAACCUGGGCUUGGACCUGAGAACAGCUGCGUAUGUCAAUGCCAUUGAGAAAGUCUUCAAAGUAUACAAUGAAGCUGGCGUGACCUUCACAUAAAUGGAUCAUGGUUAACUUCCUCACCACCCUCUGUAACUUCUGCUGACCUAUCACAAGUUUACAUGUAACUGCAGAAAUCUUUCUCUCAUGACUCAUUAAACAAUGGACACUGUUCUAAACAAGUCAAUUUGAUUCAACCCCUUAAGAAGAAAGAAAUUAAGUUUAGGGGAUCGUGUAUAAUCUGAUGAGUGUGAAAGUAGAAAUUACCUAUUCCAGAAAGCCACUUAGGCAAUUUGCUUUUAAAUAAAAAGUAUCUUCCACCUGACUAUGCUGCCUUGCUCCAGGGCUCUUCCCAACACUGUCAGGGUUGUUACCAAGGAAAGCAGUCAAGAACAGUUACUCAGUUUUACUCUGGCAGGUCUGGGACAUGCUGUAACUUUUGAUACAUGUGAGAAUUAGAUAUAUGGUUUUUGAAAGGUGGCAUGGUCCUCAAAUGAGUUAUUGGUAUUUUACAUCUGCAUAAUAACUCAAUUUUAUAAGUUGCAAAAAAAAAAAAAAAUAAAAGCUGUCUCGUAUGCAUUUUAUUCUCAUAGAAUAAAAUAAGUACAUGCUGCUGUAAUAAAAUUGCCUUGAAUCACUUAAUAAGCCUAACCUUGACUCAAGCAGUGAAUGCCUAUAAACAUAGUAAAUGAAAAAAGCUAGUAUUUUUAUAACAUAAAGUAAUAUCAUUUAUAGCUUAUCAGUCAUAUAUUGUCCAACAGAAAUAAAAAGCCUGAUGGAGAUCUGUCUUCAUACCUAGAAACAUUGGAGGCUAUUUUUGUUAAAACUAUCAGAAUUUGCUAACUGCCAUUAUGACACAUAGUCCAAAGAAUGUAGUAACCUCCUUAUCAUGUUAAUUAAUUGUUCUUCCCUUUUGAAGAUUAUUGUGUUGACUAAACCAUAAUUCAAGUAGAGUGUCCCAAGAAAAACCACUGGGCUCCCUGUUUGGAGUCCAGCUGGCUCUGUGCACUGCUGGUGGCCCUGACUCAACCUGUGUGUCCUCCCCUUCUGGAGGCUUUGCAUUCUGCACCCAGCUUCAUUAACAGCAGGCUGAAAACAACAUAGGUUCUAGUGUUUAUGGAGUUUUUUGGCCAGGGCCUUUUGGCCUUUUGAGCAGUGUCCCAAUGAAGUUCUAGAUAUUUGUGUAAGAAUGAGCGCUUUUUUCCUCCUCCUUCUUUUUUUUUUAACGAUAAUGCCCUUUCACAGAUUUCUAACUACUUUGUAACUGCAUGACUUAACCUGGUGAUAAAAGCAGUUAUUAAAAGUCUACAUUUUCCAAAA